GAGAUUCAUAAGGGUUAAAGCGAGGGAGUGGUAAUUCCUAGAGAGGCAUGGGAUGGGGAGGGGUGUGCAGUGAAGGACUCACUCCUCUGGCCCCCACACUCGUAGGAAAGAAGCCUGUAGUAUUUGCAGCACAAUCCUAUCCAAGAGACCUGAGCGUACCUGUUGUGCUGAAGAGGCGAGAACACUUGGGGAACGGAGCCAAGAUGGCAGAGCAAGACUCAGCUGGCACCAGAGUGGUUAGAGGUCAUGAGGGUGGAAGCACUGGGGAAUUCUGGGAAAAGGCAAAGCAGAAGAGGCUGGACACCACCAGCACAGAUGCGCAGUGCCAGCGCUUCAGGCGGUUCUGCUACCAGGAGGCCGAGGGCCCCCGAGAGCUUUGCGGCCAACUCCACAACCUUUGCCACCAGUGGCUGAAGCCGGGGAAAAACACAAAAGCUCAGAUCCUCGACCUGGUGAUCCUGGAGCAAUUCCUGACUGUCCUGCCCCCAGAGCUGGAGAGCUGGGUCAGAGAGUGUGGAGCAGAGACCAGUUCCCAGGCAGUGGCCCUGGCAGAAGGUUUCCUCCUGAGCCAGGCAGAGGACAAGAGGCAGGAAGAACAGCAGGGUCUGUUAGCUGAAGUGGCCACGAACUUCCCUGAGGCAGAAGAAGCUCUAUCAGAUCCUGGGCAGAGACCGGUCCAACGGGUGAUACAGGCGGGUGACAGGGGUGCCUCCUUGCUGGGUAAGGAUUCGUGGGCUAUAAUUCCCUUUGGUUACCUUCUCCUGAGUAUACCUGGUGAGUGUGGGCUGCUUUCAUUUUCCUCUUAAGCCUCAGUGUGGCAGGCGCUUCUCUCUUACUGCUCUUGCAUUUGGAAGGCCGCAGGGUGCUGGUCCAUGCGGGCCUUGAGUCUGAUCCAGUGAGGCACUUCUGAGGUUUUUAUGUUCUCAGUAUUUUAAGACAUAAAGCAUAAGUCUAAACCGCCAUUCUGUCCACAACUGAUCUGGAGACAAUUUGAUCUCAUGGAAGGAACAGAAAUGCUUUACAAGCAUUUUGCGUUGUCUCACCUCCGUUGUCUG